UGAUGACGCAGCAGUCACAUGACGUUUGUUCGGACGCAGCAACAAAUCCACAAUCUCACUAACUGUGUUUUUUUUUCUGUCUUUGGUCAACAAAGCUCAACUCCUCAUACCUGCAAGUUCUGUUAAAUAGACUUUCGAACAGUUUAUAAAAGCAGUGUGGGUCGCUCCAUAUGGAGGCAGAGGGGAUGGAGGAUGAAGGACCUUCCUCCCAGAGUGAAUUUCCACAGAGCGAAGGUGUGUAUCUCCAACUGGCACAGCAGGAAUCCCAGCAUCUGGAGAGCUCAGCCCCUGUAGAGAAUGUGUUUGUGGAUAAGAAAGCGGUGGAUAAACUCACAGAGGGAUUACUCUCUCACUACCUACCAGAUCUACAGAACAAUAAACGAGCACUUCAAGAACUCACACAAAAUCAGCUGAUAUUAUUAGACACACUGGACCAAGAAGUCACCAAAUUCAGAGAAUGUAAUGCCUUACUCGACCUCAAUUCACUGUUUACAGAGGCGAAGGUUUACCACAAUAAACUGGUGAACAUAAGGAAAGAGAUGAUUAUGCUCCACGAGAAGACAACUAAACUAAAGAAAAGAGCUUUGAAGCUGCAGCAGCAGAAGCAGAAGGAGGCGCUGGAGAAGGAGCAACAACGUGAGAAGGAGCUGGAGAGAGAAAGGCAGCUUAUUGCCAAACCUGCUAAAAGAACGUAGGAUCCCUAAGUACUGUUUGCCUGCUGUAUUAAAGGACCAUACAGGGGGUUUUGCAUGUUUUGGCCUAUUUAUUACAUAUCAGCUACACAGCACAUUACUGCUGACCAUUUUCCAAAGCGCAGAUAUUUUAGAUUUUUUUUUUUUUUUUU